AUGCUCUUUGUUCGUAAUGAUAGCAAGAGGUUCCGAUUCUGCCGGUCCAAAUGCCAUCGCAAUUUCAACAAGAAACGCAAUCCUCGUAAGGUUGCCUGGACCAAGGCCUAUCGUAGAACGCGUGGGAAGGAAAUGGCCGUCGAUUCUACCUUUGACUUUGAAAAGAGACGCAAUCGUCCUGUCAAGUACGAUCGCGGUUUGAUGGGAAAGACUAUUGUGGCCAUGCGACGUGUCGAGGAAAUUCAACAAACCAGAGAUGCACGAUUCUUUGAGAACCGCAUGCAAGAUGCCAAGGCCGAGAAGAAGAAGCAAGCUCGUGUUGAAAUUGAAAAGAGUAUUGAAUUGUUGGCACCAGCUGUUGCCAAUCGGGAAGAGGUUAUGCGAAACGUUAUCGACAGUGCCAAAUCACGAAUUGCAGCACGAAAAAAGUCGUCCAAUAAACUUACCACCACUCCCAAUAGCGCAAUGGUGGAGGGCUAA